AUGGGUCAAGGAUACUCGAUUAACGUCUCUGCUGGCUCUGCCGGUAUCGAUGUUCCUGAACUCGCUGAUCUCGAUGUUGAACGAAGUCUUGGUGCUGUGCGAUUCAUGAAGACGAUUCGGGCAAGACACAAGGAUGGACUCGUCAUUGCCAAAGUCUUCAUAAAGCCUUAUCCCAAUCUAAAGCUCGAAGACUACUCGAAGAAGUUGUUUAUGCAGAGGAGAGAGCUGACGGAUGUACCGAACGCUCUGCCGUAUCACAGAGUUAUCGAGACCGCAACAAAUGGCUACCUCGUCCGGCAAUACAUCCACAGCUCCCUCUAUGACAGGAUCAGCACUAACCCAUCACUCGAGGACAUCGAAAGGAAAUGGAUUGCAUAUCAACUUCUUUGUGCCGUCAAGGAGUCUCAUGCAAAGAACAUCUGCCAUGGAGACAUCAAGGCUGAGAACAUGCUUGUAACGACCUGGAACUGGCUGUACCUGACCGACUUUUCCACUGCUUUCAAGCCGGGACGACUACCCGAAAACAAUCCAGCUACGUUUUCUAUCUUUUUCGACACCACAGGCCGCCGUAUCUGUUAUGUUGCGCCAGAGCGGUUCUUUGAGAGGAAGUCUAGGAAGCAAUGGCACGAGGUCAAUUGGCCUAUGGACAUAUUCAGUGUUGGAUGUGUCAUAGCUGAACUUUUCACCGAAAAGCCUACCUUCACGCUCAGUCAAUUGUUCAAGUAUCGCAGAGGGGAGUAUGACCCAACACAUACUACUUUGAACAACAUCAAGGAUGAGAACAUUCGAGAAAUGGUAGCCCACAUGAUUCAGCUUGAUCCUUCGAAACGCUACAGUGCCGAAGACUACCUACAAUUCUGGCGAGGAAAAUGCUUCCCAGACUACUUCUACACCUUCUUGCACCAGUACAUGCAUCUGAUAACAGAUCCGACUUCAGGAAGAAAGCCAGUGGUUGUAGGAGCAAAGAACACGGGAGGCUCGGAUGAUCGCAUUGAGCGUAUCAAUACCGACUUUGAUAAGAUCUCGUAUUUCCUCGGAUUCUCUGAGGUUGAAAAUCUCCCACAGUCGACUCGGGCACCAAUCACAUCAGGUCUAGAUUUGUUCCCACUCCAGGUCGAUCUACCAAACAACAGGCAUGAUGCAGCAGACCGAGCUGGAAGUGUCCAAGACAAUGGCGCUCUUCUUUUUCUCAAUGUGGUCAUCUCUGCCUUGCGCACUACUGCUCGAGCGAGCUCCAAGAUUAGAGGCUGUGAACUGCUUCUCGCACUGGGCGAAAGAUUGACUGAUGAAGCGAAGCUGGAUCGUGUCUUGCCUUUCGCUAUUGCUCUUCUUGAGGACGAGUCGGAGAAUGUGCGAAUGGCGGCCUUGCGGACCAUCACGCAGCUUCUCACGAUUGUCACUGUGUUGUCACCCAUGAACGUCUUCAUCUUCCCAAACUAUCUGCUGCCACGUCUACAGAAGUUUGUCGCAAGUCCCAUGUUUCGCAAGUCGGGACCCCUGAGAGCGACAUAUGCAACCUGUCUUGCGAAUCUGGCCACUACUGCUGCUAGAUUUUUGGAUAUGAUGCAAGCAUUGCGUGCAGAUGGAUCCUUGCCGUCGACCGACCCGGAAGCCGAAGAUGAUAUCACUUCAUAUGCCGCCUACCAGAACACCUACGACACCACUCGAGAAGAUUUGAUCCAACAUUUUGAAGCACAGACUAAAUUGUUCCUGCAAGACGACGAUCCUUCAGUGAAGAGAGCUUUUUUAGGAUCCGUGACCAGCCUGUGCGUCUUCUUUGGUGAGAGCAUUGCCAGCGAUUUGAUCCUCACGCAUCUGAACACAUACCUGAACGAAGAAGACUGGACACUGAAGUGUGCCUUCUUUGAGACGAUAGUAGGUGUCGCUGCCUUCAUUGGCGGACCUAGCUUGGAAGACUUCAUUCUUCCGCUCAUGGUUCAGGCGUUGACUGAUCCGGAAGAGACUGUCACCGAGCAAGUGAUCAGAUCGCUAUCAAGCAUGGCACAUCUUGGACUGUUUCAACGAUGGACAACAGUGGAGUUGGUCCUCAUUGUUUCACGAUUCACGCUACAUCCAAAUGUAUGGAUUCGUGAAGCAGCUGUGCAGUUUAUUGAGGCUUCCUCAACUCACCUAUCCGAUGCGGAUGUCUGGAGUAUGGUCAUGCCGCUACUCAAGCCUGUCUUGAAAUUGCAGUCAGCCGGCCUUUCCGAGUUCGAACUUCUUGAUGCUCUCCAAAAGCCAUUUCCUCGACCAGCCUAUGAUUUAGCGAAGAAUUGGGCAGAGAAGGCAGACAAGAGCGUCUUCUGGAAACACGCACAGCAAGUAAAGAGCUUCUCUUUUGAAGCAGGCAGUAACAAAGCUCUGACCGACUUCUAUCGUGACAGCGAUUCUCGAGUGUUGAGCAAAGCGAUGAAGAAUGAUGAUGACGAACAAUGGCUCUCAAAACUUCGUGUGGCUGGCAUGCGCACUGAAGACGAGCCCAAACUCCUUGCGCUAAGGGAUUAUAUCUGGCGCACAACUAUGCGUUCUGACAAAGAGACCAGCAAUCAAAGUGAUCAACGACUCAACCACAUAGUUUCGCUCAGCGCGAUACAAGUACCGCUUCAGAAUGUCUUCUUCGAGGCGGACACAGCGUCGUAUCAGCCAUAUCAGCCUCAGCCUGAUCUGGCACAACCAAGUGUGAAGACUUCACUCGAGGAAGCGCUACGCGAUGCUGCCACACCCGAAGACCGCGAUGCCAAGAAUCUGUUCAACCCAGCGAGGGGUAAGCCAUAUCCGUCCUCGGCGCAGCAGACGUCUGCCCCAACUGGGACCUCAGAUGUGACCCGUGCCCAAGCCACACCGAUCAAGGCCUCGGCUCCCAAUCAUCGGAAGCAGAUGGCAAACAUUGAUGCUCCUACAUAUCUUUCGAGCUCUCCCGCAUCCACUGUGUCCGCAAGGAGUGGGCACAAUCAUAUGCUUCACUCAAAGUCUAGCGCGAUGAACCUUAUGAAACGCACUGAACAGACAAAGGCGUACGCAGAGACAGGGACCGAGUCAAUCAACGCUGUCGGCAAACUUGAUGUUCCUGCAAACCAAGCUUCUAUUACACCAUCGCCCUCUGGUCAAGUCACACCACGACCGUCGCGGCCGAAGAUCUCCGCGACUCACUCCUACCAUGGCGGUGAUCCGACUGUCCUCAAGCUGCUUGACUCAGUUUACACUAGCAAUCAUCCAGGCAGUGAUCGUGAGUUUGGGCCGAGAGUCUCUACACGUCCUCGUGCUCGUAUGGCUACAAAGAACGCUCUCAACCAACAGGCACAAGGUUACUGGAAACCAGAGGGGCAACUGACUGCUGUCCUUGAAGAGCACGAAGCACAAGUCAAUUGCAUCGCAGUCUCCCCAGACCAGGUCUUCUUCCUUACUGGAUCUGAUGAUGGCUCAGUGCGAGUCUGGGACACUAGUCGGUUUGAACGCAACAUGGCGUAUAGGUCGCGUCAAGCUCAUAGACAUGCUUCUGGAGCACGUAUCACCAGUCUCUGCUUCGUAGAGUCUACACAUAGUUUAAUUUCAACUGCUUCCGAUGGCAGUGUUGACAUUGUCAGGGUGGACGUGACUGAGACCAAUGGCUCUCUGCGUUAUGGCAAGCUCCAGGUGCUGCGUAGUUGGAUGAUACCCACCAAGCCUGGACAAAAGGAGUAUGCAAUUGGCGUUGAGCACGCAAAGACUGAUGGCCAGUCCGUCUGUGUGCUCGUCACGAAUCUCUCUCGCAUUCUGUUCAUCGAUGUCUACACCAUGGAGGUGACAUAUGAGCUGCUCAACCCGAUACAACAUGGCACGCCGACCACUUUCUGCAUCUCCAGAAAAUGGCAGUGGCUUCUGAUCGGUACCUCUCACGGCGUUCUCGACAUCUGGGAUCUUCGCUUCCGCCUCAGGUUACGUGGUUGGACAGUACCGCGACCAUCACCAAUAACUCGCCUCACUCUACAUCCAAGCAGGAAGGAUAGUAAGCGAGUCAAAAUCUGCGUCGCUGGUCUCACGUCUCCAGGUCACGUGUCAGUCUGGGACCUCGAAAAAUUAGUUUGCAUCGAAGUGUACAACGUCGAUCAGACCGAUGGCAUUGGCGGGCUAAAAGCAAGAGACUUUGAACUUCUCAACGUUGACGAAGACAAGUCUGGCAUCAUACCAUCUCGCAUCCUUGGGUCUCUAGCAACAGACCCGCAUCUCAGCGCUCGCCCUUCUGAUAAUGGUAAGGACAGAUCAGGAAGAGGAUCGGGUGGAGGUGCUGGUAUUGUCAAAGCAUUCGUCAUGUCAAUGCACACGUCACCUGACACUUCAGAGCCAAGACAUCCCUUCCUUGUCACCACUGGCCCUGAUUGGAAGAUUCGCUUCUGGGACACUGAUCGUAUUGCCUCAUCCAUGAUUGUGAACGACAAAGAUGACAACGCCACAUAUACGGCUACGAAAUUCGGCAAUGACAUAUCUGCCUACACAGAGCAAAGUCUCAGCGACAGUGUCUCUGAGAAAGAAAGACUUUCAUCCAGCCCAGCUUCUGGACGCACAGGCACAAUGUCACCCGUAUCAAACGACGCAGACAGUGAAAGAGGCAGUGCAAAGAAGAAAAAGGAGAACAGAGAAGGCAAGGUUGCGAGAUAUGAAGUCAUUCGUAAGUCAGCAAAUCAGUUGCUCAAGGGUCACAAGGAUACCGUUACUGCUGUUGCAUUACUGGAAUAUCCUUUCGGCAUGAUCAUUUCUGCCGACCGCUCUGGUGCUGUCUAUAUCUUUAGAUAG